GAGGGGGGGGGGGCACCCCGCCCGCCCGCCCGCCCGCGUCAUGCAGCUGCGCGGGAACGGCGCGAGACGCCAGCGGCAUUUUGGCGCGAAAACCGCGAGGGGAAACGGAGCGCGCCAGAGGCUCCUGCUGAGAGAAAGGCCUUGAGAGGAGAGACUGUGAGUGAAGUUCCUGUUGUUGUUGUUCGGAAGCCAUGGCCGCGACUCCCAUCCACGCCGCGUCUCCAUUCAAAGUGAAGGGGCAGAUCCAGGUCAUCUUCGGGCCCAUGUUCUCUGGCAAAAGCACGGAGUUGUUGAGACGUGUGCGCCGUUUCCGUGUCACACGGCACGAGUGCCUCCUGAUCAAAUACGCACGUGACACGCGCUACUCGGAGAGUGGGCUUGCCACACACGACCAAUAUGAGAUGGCAGCUGUUCCGGCGUCAUGUCUGUACGACAUUCAUUCCCUCGCACUGCCCUGCUCCGUCAUUGGCAUUGAUGAGGGCCAGUUCUUCCCAGACUGUGUGCAGUUCUGCGAGGAGAUGGCGAACUUGGGCAAGACUGUCAUCGUCGCGGCCCUCGAUGGAACAUUUCAGCGCAAGGCGUUUGGGAACGUUCUGGCACUGGUGCCGCUUGCAGAGAGUGUGGUGAAGCUCAGCGCUGUUUGCAUGCGCUGCUACAAGGAGGCGGCCUACACCAAGCGCCUGGGCUCCGAGACACAGGUGGAGGUGAUAGGAGGAGCAGACAAGUACAUGUCCCUGUGCAGACUCUGCUACUUCCACUCGGAGCACGAGGCGCUCCUGUCAGAGCUCCCGGCUGAGAAUGAGACUCCGCUCGGCGCCACCGCGCAGGCGGCACCGUCGUCACGCCUCCCGGCUCGGCAGCUCUUCCCCCUGCAGCCUCACAACUCGUAGCGGUGCCACGCCGGUCUCCAGAGGGGAGCGCCUGCCGUCUUUGUCGCGCAGUACGAACGGCACUCCUCAGAAGGAGGCAGACAUUGAGCAUUUUAUAUCUGCCACUCGUACCUGAUUUUUUGCUUGAGGCCACGUAAUGAUCUGGACACAUUUGUGCGUCAUUAAGAAUUCGAUAAUUGUCAUGCGAUGCACGAGCGUUUAAUGACGUGCCAGUUAUUAUUGUUUGGGCUCAACUCGCCGGUAAGCCGAUAAACAAUUCUCUCAACCAAGCAUCUUUAGGACGAGAUCCAGAAAAUCAGUCAGAAUCACUUCCUGGAUCUUUAUUCUGAAUUCCUGGCACUUUGUCCUGAAGACUUGAUGCAGUUUCAAUAAAACGUAAUUUCUUAUCUAAUCGAUGUUAAAUCUGGCUGUGAGAAUAGUUUUUUCUAACUCACCGGUAAAUGAGCUGAAACAAUAGGUGUGUCUUUAAACGCUUGCACGCUGUGAAACUAAUUUGUUUGGCUGUGUCGGGUGGUGAAGGGUUUCACUGCAUGGUCUAAUCCAAAAGUCAAUGAUGAUUUCUAACAUAUUCUUAGCUCUUUCGGUAAAGUCACGUUGAAGGGAAACAAUAAAGAGAACAAUAAAGAGCUUAGAAUAUGAAUUACUGCAGUCACGAAAGCUUUAAAUCAAAAUUUGAUUUCUAACAUUGUCUGCAAUAAAUAUCAAUUUUUAAGGCUGUAUAUAAUUGUGGAAAUGCCAGCACACUACGCCGGCACUUCUUACAACACCAAAGACGUGCACUGGCACUAUUCCUAUUUCUCUGCUUUGAUGUUCGUGCAGAUGGGAAAGAGCAGCGAGAGUGACUGGGUGUGUGAGAGUCAAGGUGUGUGCGACGUAAAUUUUGUGAGUGCAAGUUUAUUAGGUGUGCGAGCCGAUGCGUGAGUGUGCGAGUAUCGGUGUGGGAUGCGGUACAUUCGGGUGAAAUAUUACCACUCGUAUAUUGACGCCACGUGCUAUAUUAUAUUACUAAAUAUGGACAAUGACGAACAUUGUCAUUUUAAAAAGAAUAAAAAAACUACUUUGACCUGUA